GAAAUAAAUGGGAAAUUUUUUUAAUUUAUUUUUGAUUUUAUGAGAUAUUGUAUAACUAUUGGAGCUUAACAACGCGGCAACAUGCCGUUCAUGCAAGAAAUCACCCCAGAAUUUGAGAAAUUUUGCUGUGACCUGGGAUUGAGAAAAGAAACUGCUCACGAGAUGUGGGAUGCUGACAUCCACUCACCGCAAGAACUUGCAGCGAUGGAAAUUUCAGAGUUGAAAAAGUUUUCGAGCAAUUCACUCUUGUUGAACAACAUACAUCCCAUCCUGCAGAAGUAUGUAUUCAACAUCACCACGGCGAAAGAUCCGUACAAGAUGUCACUCAAAAUUAUCAGAAAACAAGCCCAAGCUAUGGAACUGGAAGAGGAUGAGCCGAUGGAUGCAGCUGAUUCCACCACUGUAGCGGAUUCUACUGCUUUCACUGAUAAGACAGAAGAACUGAAUGGAAGAACUGGAGGAAAAGCAAAUCUGCAGUUGAACAAUGCUGGAAGAACUGGCGAAGUGAGAUACAAUAACAAUGGGACAAGCCUCAACAACAGAGGAGCUAAUUGUGUCCAAAGCAACAUUGGAUUGAAAGGGAAUGGCACAGGAAAGGGUCAUUCCAUCACCAUAACUGGAGGAAACUUCACUCAGUCGAGUGUGUUGUCAAGUGGACCUGUCACUUACAACAACACCAAUACCACCAUUACCACUACUGUUAACAGCGAAUCUGAGGCCGAUAUAAAAAAGAGAAGAUCUAAACUUCUUGGAUCUACUCUGUUCCUGGAUGGUACCCAGGUGAAAACCGCUGAUAUUGGAUGGAUGGACAACCACAACUUUUGGGUCGAUAAAAUUCGUCUUCCAACUGCGGAGUACGAGCAAUACACUGAACAUUUGAAUUGUGAUGAUGUUUACCACAUCCGUAGCAAUGGACGUGCCCUGAUCUUGAACAACAUUGAAUUCGGUGCAGCAUCAGGAAUGAAAAAGAGAACUGGUGCAGAUGCUGAUUGUAAACGUAUGGAACAGCUUCUUUCUGAACUCGGAUUCAAAGUCAGAGCAGAAAGAAACAAGACCGCUGCGGAAAUGAAAACUAUUCUGAAGGAUUUUGCGCAAAGUCGGGACAACCGCAGUAUUGGCAUCAGUGUUAUAUACAUUGGAUCACAUGGAGAAAGAGAUGAACGUGGCAACGAUACUUUCGUUGGUUCUGAUGGAGGGAGAGUGAAUUUCAGAGAAGUGCAAGACAUGUUUAGUCCCAAAAACUGUCCUCUGUUAAACAACAUUCCGAAGGUUUUCUUCCUCCAGUUUUGUAGACAGGAGGGACCCACCAUUCGCACUCCUGCGGCAGCUCCGCUCCAAACUGCAAGUGUAAUGUCUGAUGCUAGUCCGAUUGAGAUGCAUACUGGAAAAGCAGUUGCCAAUUUGAUGGUGUCAGAAGUUGAUCCCUCUGAAGAAACCCGCCUUAUGGAUAUGCUUUGUGUGUAUGCAACACUUACUGGAACUAAGGCUUAUCGUGAUACAGCAGAUGGCUCAUGGUUUGUUACUGCAUUGAUUCGUGUCUUCCAAGAAAAUGCUCACAAGGAUGAUGUACUCAGCAUGCUUACAAAGGUGAACAACAGUGUAUCACUCAAUAACGGGAAUGAAGGAUCUCGCAGAGCGCUCCAGGUCAGCGAAGUCUGUAGCAGUCUCCGCAAGAAACUGUAUUUCUACCCGGGCCAACUUGCCUAAUCAAGUCUGGAACUACUUUGUUCGACAAACAUGGUCAAUGAAUUCAUGUUCAAUUCAUGUUCCAAAAUAUGAUUAUUCUAUCUGUCAUAUUUGAGUGAAUGAGAUGUAAAUAGCAAUAUAUAAUUUUUUUUGGAAAUUACUAUUUUUUAGAUUAUCCGUAAUUUCAGUUUCAACUUGUUGUUAUAUUUUGUGAGAACCACUGGUAUUUAAGACUAAAAUAUGAUCACGUUUUUCUGGAAAACAAAUAAUGUCAGAGUUAGUUUGUAUGAUAAUUUAGUUGUGUAUAUACUUAAUUAUUUUAUUCACUCACUUUCAAAUAUUUCUUUUUACAAAAGUUUUAUACUUUUGUGUAUGCUAAAUAAUUUGGUAAUGAGUAGAAAAUCUCUGAUUUUAAUAGGAAGUUUUGAAGAUUUUGUCCCAAAUAGUUAUUUAAUUUUUGUAGUGAGUCGAUAUAUAAAAAGUUUCAUUUUGAAAAUUAUCAGUUUUUUGUUACUGAAUUGAAUUAUAUCUAUUUUCUAGCCCCCAGUUUUUGUUCUUGAUUUUAAUUCCUUAAACGUUAUGCCCCCAAUAAAAUGUAAAGUAAAUGCUUUUUAAAACACUGGCUGCAAAUGUUAGUAUAAUCAUCCCAAAGUUCAUGUAUGUAUGCCCAAAGCAGUCCAGUCAAAGCAAUUCUGCACUCAUCUAUUUCAAUUGCUCAAAAAAUAUUCAUUUAAUCCUUUUAUCAUGAUUGUUAUUUUUCUUUUUCGAGAGAUUGAAUUAUAAAUGUAAAUUUACUAAAGAUAAUGGAGUGAAUGAAAAGUAGAUGCAUGUAGAAAA